AUGACUCCUAAGUUGGGAUCUCCAAUCGAAUUGCCAGUUCGAGGAGUCCCGCGGCAUAUGACACUACCCCAAACUCUAGACACUCAGUCGGAUUUCGUGAAGUCUGGGUCCCCUUACGACCAGCUGAACCGCUUCUUCGUCGGCCUGGCACCGACUUGGGGACCCGUCAGUGCUAUUGAGUUUUCUGAAGGCGCCAACUUGGCCUAUGUCUACCAAGAACGGAUCGAAGAAAGGGACCUACAGGCUGAGGACUUCAAAGAAACAUCUCAUCCGAAUCUGGUUAACUUGAAAGAGGUAUUCAUUGCAAAACAGAGCGUCUUUUUCCUUUACGAUACCUGGGGUAUCUCCCUGGAGGAAAUUCAACAAUCAUCAUCAAAAUUUUGCUUGGGCGAGGUGGAGAUUGCAACUAUCUCAAAAGGGAUCCUGCAAGCUUUGAAGUACGUGCAUGAAGUGCUUGGGAUCUGCCAUGGGAAUGUCACACCUUCCACAGUCUUAAUCAACCAAGAGGGAAUAGUCAAACUGGGCUUCAUAGCCGACGUCGGAAGCAGCCUGAUUAGGGAAUCAAAGAGACAGCAGAAGAGCAAGGACCUUCAGGCUGUUUGCUCGAUAGCUCGCUCGCUCUUGAGACUGGACGAGACAUCUGCAAUUCGUGGGACAAUGGGACUGCUCGCAGAGGACUUCACCGGGUCCUCUCGGAGAGCAACCGCAGCGGACCUUCUAAAGAUUAGCAUCCUUUCCUACGCAUUAGCCUGGGACCGUGGUGUCUGCGUCCAGUAA